ACUGUUGCCCACAGUGUUGCCAGGCAUCCCCUGCAAGAGGAGGUGCAUUGGAACUUGGUGAAGCAGAGCAGGGGGGAGAGAGGAAAAUCGUGUCCCUGUGUGUCUCACUGUUUGCUCCUUCAGCACGCAGAGUAAGGAACCUUUGCCAGAUCUGGAGCUCAUCUGAAAUACAUUAAGGUCAGGAGAAGAAGGACUCCACUGUAAUCUAGCUGCGUCGACGCUCCGCAGAGGGCUCCUAUUCGCUGUCAGAGGUACACCCAUACAUGUAGCAGCAGCUCCUCGGCAAAAGACUGUUUUUGUCUCCUCAAAUAUUUUUCCAGCCUCCAGAGGGCAAGACUCCAGAGGGAGAUCGAGAAGAAGAAAAAACUUGGCAUUAAAAGUGAUCAGUUUGGGCCACAGGGGAACAUCCAGACUACAAACGACACAUCAGCCCUAUCGUUCCUCUCGCCGUGUGCAGAGGAGGUUUCAAAGCCAAGUGAGCAGCGUUCACAUAAAUACAGGAAGCACCUGAAGCUUUUUUCCAAGGUACAGGAAAGACGACAACAGACACACUUGUGCGUAGUUUUGUAAAAAUCAUCGAGUUAGUCAAUAAAGCGAAAUGUCACGUUGGGGGAGGAAAAAUGUGAAGAAGGCUCCUGAGGUGAUCCGCACAGUGACAGAAGGCCUCAAGUCCUUGUAUCGUAAGAAGCUGCUGCCUCUGGAGGAGUACUAUGGUUUCCAUGACUUCCACUCUCUCAGUAUGGAGGAUGCAGAUUUUGAUAAUAAGCCCAUGGUGCUGGUGGUGGGACAGUACUCCACUGGAAAGACAACCUUCAUCAAGUAUCUUCUGGAGCAGGAUAUCCCAGGGAGCAGGGUGGGACCUGAACCCACCACCGACUGCUUCACUGCCGUCAUGCACGGGGAGGUGGAGGGCGUCAUCCCCGGGAACGCCCUUAUCGUAGACCCCAACAAGCCUUUCCGAAAACUCAACCCUUUUGGAAACACCUUCCUCAACAGGUUCCAGUGCGCGCAGAUGCCCAACCAAGUCCUGGAGAGUAUCAGCAUUAUUGACACACCAGGGAUCCUGUCCGGUGCUAAGCAGAGAGUGAGCCGAGGUGAGGGGCCUUACAAAGGCUAUGACUUCCCAGCUGUGCUGCGCUGGUUUGCGGAGCGCGUCGACCGCAUCAUCCUGCUCUUUGACGCCCAUAAACUGGAGAUUUCCGACGAGUUCUCUGAGGCCAUCGGAGCCCUGAAAGGCAAUGAGGACAAGCUCCGAGUGGUGCUCAACAAGGCCGACAUGGUGGGCACCCAGCAGCUGAUGAGAGUGUACGGUGCUCUCAUGUGGUCCCUGGGGAAGGUGUUUGGGACCCCUGAGGUUCUGCGAGUCUAUAUCGGCUCCUUCUGGUCAGAGCCGCUGAUGGUGGCGGACAACCGGAAGCUGUUUGAGCUGGAGGAGGAGGAUCUGUUCAAUGACAUCCAGAACCUUCCUCGCAACGCAGCCUUACGCAAGCUCAAUGACUUGGUGAAGAGGGCACGUCUGGUCCGGGUCCAUGCCCACAUCAUCAGUUACCUGAAGCAGGAGAUGCCCUCAGUCUUCAGGAAGGACAACAAGAAGAAAAAUCUGAUAUACCAGCUGCCGGUUAUUUUCUCUAAGAUCCAGUUGCAACACAACAUUUCUGCGGGAGACUUUCCAGAUUGUGCUAAAAUGCAGGAGCAACUGAUGGUCCAUGAUUUCAGCAAGUUCAAAACCUUGAAGCCCAACCUGAUGACAGCCUUGGAUGAGCUGCUCUCCUCCGACAUAGCCAAACUGAUGCCCCUCCUACGGCAGGAGGAGCUGGAAGCAGGCGAGCAGCUCGGCGUUCAGGGUGGAGCCUUCAUCGGGAACCGCGCCGGACCCUUCGGAGAGGGCGACCCCUUCGCCGAGGAGAACGGAGAGGGUGGCGAGGACGAGGAAGACGGGUGGGUGGUGACCAAAGAUAAGCCCAAAUAUGAUGAAAUCUUCUACAACCUCGCACCCAACGAGGGGAAACUGAGCGGCAACAAGGCCAAGGACUGGAUGGUGAGCUCCCGCCUGCCCAACUCGGUGCUGGGUCGCAUCUGGAAGCUGUCGGACGUGGACCACGACGGCAUGCUGGAUGACGAAGAGUUCGCCCUGGCCAGCCACCUAAUUGAAGUCAAGCUGGAGGGCCACGGUCUGCCCCCUGAGCUGCCUGAACGUCUCAUCCCCCCUUCCAAACGCAGGCAGAAGGGUUCUGAUAUAUAGACCCCUGAGCUGAGAGAGACUCUUCUCUAUUCGCUGUGCUACUGUUUGUAUUUGCUCUUAUUUCCCCCCCAGACCCAAGUCAAAAUGUUUGUAUGUUAUGUGUUCGACUUCUCCUGUGAUUUGGUUCUUGCACAAUGGAACAUACUAUUAAAGUGUGAGUCAAGCCUUUGAGACUAAGGGCUAACUGCAGAUAUUAAGAAGUCACAUGGGUCUGGGUGCUUCUUCUUCCCUUAAGUUGCCUUUUUAUGAUGAGCUUUAAAAAUAUAUCUUGUGUUUGCAGAGCAGAAGUUGGCCUCUAAGUGAGCUGUGUUGAGCAUAUAUUUGGCAGCAUACAGAAAAGUGUUCUGUAAAAUAUCCUUUCAAUGUAACAUUCCUGCGGUGAGUAGAACAGUGUUAUCAUGGUAAUAAUUUUGCGGAUUAUGCCAUUCAUUUUUCAUGUCUGGUAUAUCCGAUGAGGGGAACAUCUGCAAGUGUUUUUACAAAGACUUAUGUUGCUCAUAUGAUUCGUUUAUAGCAUUUUUAACUCAAACUGGCAGCACACAUCUAUGAAUAACCUGAAUGCAUUUCACUUUUUCAUGCUUUAUAUGCCACCAUUUUUGUGCAUAAACUUGAUAUAUUAUUUUUGUAAUUGUUGCUGUUUUGUAUGUGCAGACCUCGGUUUUGAUAAAAGAACAUGACAUGCUGAGAUAAACUUUGGACGAUUGACAUAUUUUCUGACUACUGUACACAGCUCCACCAACUGUUCUUAUGUUAACGUUAUUGUAAUCGAAUAAAAAAACCCUGACUGUG